CGUGUGGACAAUCUUCAUCGCCUCGAUUGUCUAAUCAGUUUCUCGCCUGUCUUUUGAAAACCUGCUUCCAUACUUCGAGCGCCAGCAAUGGCCAACAAGGCACUGCUCCUAGUCUGUGUCAUUCUCCUCGCCGCGAAUUCCGCCUUGGCGCAGCGUGGUCCGCCUGGCGGAGGCCCUCCUGGCGGUCAGGGGCCGCCGCGCGGAGGCCCUGGCGGGCCUGGCGGCGGAGGACCCGGCGGACCCGGCGGACCUGGUGGUGAGCCGCGCGGUCCUCCGCUGAACCUGACGGCCGUCGGUAAUCUGACGGCGGACGUUGGCGCGCGUUUGGCUAACUGCUCCGCGGACCAGGCGGUCCUUGACGGUCGUUUCCACCUCGCCAUUUUCAAGAAUUCCACCGGCAGCUACAACCUCCUCGUCGAGGCGCUCCUGGUUGACGCCGCGGGCGGCCCGCCCGACUCCCUCGCGAUCGUGGCGGGCGCUGUCUGCGACGCCUCCGCCUCGUCCUCCGCCGUGCUCGCGCUGCCCUUCGCCGCCUCCGAUUGGCAGCAGCGCGCCGGCUGGUGGCUGCUGCACGCGGAGGCGCGCCUCGACGGGUUCCUCGAGAAUGCCGACGCGACGGCCGUCGACGCUCUCAUCACGCUCCUUCCCAACGCGUCGCUCCCGGCGCGCAGCAACGGCAGCCGCAGCGGCCGCGGCGGCAGCGCGGGGGGGGCGGGGGGGGCGCGGAGCGGGCAGGGAGGCAGGCGCAUGGGGCUGGGCGUGGGUAGGCUGCUGAUGCGCGCAUUGGCCCGGGGUCCCGCCAAGCAGGGGGGGAAGCCGCAGCAGGGAGGGCAGCAGCAGCAGGGGGGCCAGCAGCCGCCUGCAGGUGGCUUUUCAGGUGGUUUUCCAGGUGCUGGGGCGGGCAACGGAGUGAACAGCACAGUUAGCGGGUAUGCUGUGCUGGCUGGCAGCAGUGCGUCAGGUGCCAUCUGGGGCGGGCAGCUCAUGGGGGUUAAGAUCCCCGCUGCUGUUGGUGCUGCAUAAUUUGGUGGUGAUGGGAACGGCUGGGAGCAGUGGAGCGGGUGGUGUCAUCCGGAGUGUGCUGCCUGUGGCUGCAAGACGGUGGUUGUGCCUGGUAGCUGGUAGCUGUAAGACGGUGGUUGAAGUGUGAUAAUGCUGCUGAUGGUUCAGCAUUUGGUUGUGAAGGCUGCAUUGGGAGACUGCACAUAUGCAUCUUUGAAGCCCGUGGGAGGGGAAGACCUAGGCAAUCAGCACAGCUGAGUUUGCAUCAGGGGCAGGAAUGCUGGCAAGCCACCGUGAUUUGACAGCCUUCCUGCACUUGACAUCUCAUGGGAAACUCUGUGCUAUUUAGUCUGUAGGAGCGGAGAACUCUCUACUGAUUCCAGUGCAGUGCAAUUCCAUCAGGAUUUUCUGAAAGAUAGUAUUUGCCAAAGAAUGUACUGUAAGCAACAU